GUGGGAAUGGGGAAGGAGAAAGAAAUUAAUAUUAAAAAUGCCUGUUAUAGAUACUUGUAUCAGAGAGAAAUUUCCUCUCUGGUGAAGAUAAGGCUUUUAACUGCUUUUAGUAACCAGACGACGUUGGUUAAUUUAGACGCAGAGAGGCGCUUCAAUCAAGAACUUAGUAUUCCUCGUGUAACACCAUCGUGUAAAAAUGGGGCGUACCCGGUUAUCUCUGUCUCUUUCUUUCUCUCCUUAACGCGAUCGUGUACUCGACUCACUAGACCGCAUAGUAAGGGAAUGCAUAGAAUCAAACAGGGCAAACUCCUAACUUCAUAGGUCCUUGCAUAUGCUAGCGUAGAACACCUUCAGUGUUUGGCCGCGUGGUGCAGCACGUAUCGUGGAACAACUAGAACAAUGGGCAUGAGUUUCCUCUCAUUUCCUCUCUGAUAUGAUCAUUAUUCAGUACUCAUUUCCACGAUGGUAUAUGACUGUGCUCAUCUCUGAUAUCACUGCAGCCAAUGUUGUAAACAUAAAACUGGGCGUAACUCUAUAAAUCAUUUAGUACAUUUUGUAUUAAAGAUUUUAUUUAUUCAUAAAAAUAAUGUCAUUUUAUUUUCUAUCUUUGAAAUAAUAAUU